AUUAAUAAUAGUAUUUUUGUACUUGCAGUUUAAAGAUGUUAAAGACAGCCCAGUUAUUGUAAAACCAAGAGCACCAGCAGAUAAAAAAUCUAGCUUACUAAGUAUGCUACCGCAGCCAAGAAACGGAGUGAAGUCUACUACAGUGUCAUUAAUACCCCAAGUGCUCAAAAGGAAGCCAGAAGCUCCUGUAAAAAAAGCCCCCUUACCAACACCACCUAAGAAAUGUAAAGUUGAUAGCACGCCUCUUGUCAAUGAAUAUUCUGAUGAAAGUGAUAAUGAAGAUCUACAGAAUGACUUCUUCUCAAUACACAAACCUGUGGAAAUACCUGAUGAUGUACAACUACCACUAGACAUAGAUCAAAACACAAAGAAGCCCAACAAACCUAAAGGAAUUGAGUCUUUCUUCAAGAAGGAGGACGAAAUCAAACAUGUGGUAUUGGAGCCAGACUAUGAUCAAAGUAUGGAAGAGCAGGCUGGUGGUUCCAGUUAUGAUGAUGCUACUGAUGGAGCUGAGGGUUCCAACAAUGAUGUACUACUUAAUGAAGAAGCUAUCAUGAAACUGUGUGGUGCACGUGGCAAACGGAAACGUGAGGAGAUUCAGAUAGUAGAUGUAAAUCAAGCAGAGGUGUUGGCAGAUGCAAGGGAGAUGUUGAUGAAGGGACUCAUGGACGACACUACUAAACGUGUGUCUGCUAGCAAGAAGAAAGGAAACGAGCCCACCACCCAACAGAGGAGGAAGCACCAAAUCACAUAUUUGGCUUAUCAGGCUAAAGCAAAUGAAGCAGAAUUACAGAACCAAUGGGCAAACAACAGGAUGUCGAAAAGACAAACACAAGCUAAAUAUGGUUUCUAGCACAAGGCCAAUCAAGUGA